AUGGCCAGCACCGACUACGGUCGCGCUGCCUUUCCGGAAGAAGACUUGGACGAGAUGUUCUCGUCAUGCUCGGUGCCGGCGAGCGAUUAUAAGUACACUUACACGCCCAGCCCGACGGCAGGAGGUUCCACCACGUCACCCGCGGAACCGUCUGCCACACCGACGUGUUCGGGAGAAACAUAUACGGCCCAGGAGGGUGAUACUUGUCUGUCGAUCUCCAAGGAGAAGUCGGUUGCCACGGACCGUUUGGUUGAUGCUAACCACCUCGACUUCAACUGCACAAGUUUGACAGUCGGACGAAAGCUUUGCAUCAAAGACACCUGUACCUUGGCGACUAUUGAAGCGGGACAGACUUGUGACAGUAUUACCAACGGCGACACUCUAGACCAGGGCUUGCAGAAUUUGGAUGCUUAUUCACGUAUAAACAGGACUUCCAGCUGGUUUUCGGAAUGGCAACCCGGAACCGUCGUCACAGAUCCGACCGACGGCGUACCCACCGUAACAAGCGAUUGGGAUCCUGAGUUCACGCCGCCCGUCACCACCAUCAUCAUCGGUAACCCCGAAAAUGACCAGCUCCAUGAGUACACCAAAUACUGCUGGAUCACUGAGGACGACAUCGCCCAAGGGUACGACGUGGAGUCUUACGCGGCGGGCUGCCAAACCCUCUUUGACCGAUACUGCGUCUACAACCCCGAGUCCCACUCACCAGUGGCGCCCAACGCGAUCCCCGCGAUUUGCACCCCAGACCGCAGCAUUUACACCCUUGAGCCCGACCCAGAGCCGGUGCACACACCGUCGCCUGUCCAGAUCGGCAUCACGAAGGGAUGCAGCUUGUUCCACAAGGUCGAGGCCGGUAAUACGUGCGAUAGCAUUACGCGGCAGUACGAAAUUGCGCUGGAUGAUUUCUACACUUGGAAUCCGGCCAUUGGCAACGAUUGCCGUAACUUGCAGCUAGGGACGCACGCUUGCGUUGGAUACAACGAGGCGCUGAUUCCCACCAUUACGCCUCCGCCUGUUCGUCGCUGA